AUGUUACAGACGUUUAAAAUCGCGCCUACCAUGUCGACGGUCACCAACACGGCGCUUCAAUCCUCCAACCCGCCCGUCAUCCCCCUUCCCUUCAACGGUAACCAACCUGAGACGAUCCGCCUGUUCCCACUCUCCAACUACACCUUUGGCGUCAAGGAGACGCAGCCGGAGGAGGACCCGUCGGUGCUCGCGCGCCUGAAGCGACUGGAGGAACACUACAAUGUACAUGGCAUGCGACGGACGUGCGAGGGCAUUCUAGUAUGCCAUGAGCACAACCACCCGCACAUCCUCAUGCUUCAGAUCGCCAAUGCUUUCUUCAAGCUUCCUGGAGACUACUUGCGACCUGAAGACGGGGAGAUAGAGGGCUUCAAGGCACGGCUGGACGAGCGGCUGGCCCCCGUCGGCCGGCUGGGCGAGGGAGAGGAGGCCGGCGACUGGCAGGUGGGUGACUGCCUAGCGCAGUGGUGGCGACCGAACUUCGAGACGUUCAUGUACCCGUUCGUGCCGGCGCAUGUCACCAGGCCAAAGGAAUGCAAAAAGCUCUACUUCAUUCAGCUCCCCAAGUCAAAGGUGCUUAGUGUGCCCAAGAACAUGAAGCUGCUAGCCGUCCCGCUGUUCGAGCUCUACGACAACACUGCGAGAUACGGCCCCCAGCUCUCCGCGAUCCCCCAUCUUCUCAGCCGGUAUAACUUCGAAUUCGUCGACGAGCAGGGCAACGUGGUCGCGGCGACUCCCGGUGCGGGCGCACCAGACGGCUACGUACCAAAGACGAAGGUCCUGUCUGGCGAUGACGUGAACAUGAAGGAGGAGAACGAGAACGGCACGGAGCAAUGA